GUAACCCCACAAGUUUACAUGUAUAUAUACCCAUCCCCAUGAGUACCCCCUCAUCCAACUCUAUCCCCGACCCCCACACUUCUCUUAAUAUUUAUUUUCUUCUCUUCUGGAGGCAUGGCGGCAAGCUCCUACUCCUCCUCCUUUUCUUGUCUGUGGCUUCUUUUGGCUCUGGCAUUGGCGGCCGACGGUGUUUUUCGGCAGGCCGAGGCCCGGGCCUUCUUCGUAUUCGGGGACUCGCUCGUGGACAGCGGCAACAACAACUACUUGGCCACCACCGCCCGCGCUGACUCGCCGCCCUACGGCAUCGACUACCCCACCCACCGCCCGACUGGCCGCUUCUCCAACGGCCUUAACAUCCCCGACAUUAUCAGCCAGAGUAUUGGGUCAGAACCCACAUUGCCGUACCUGAGCCCGGAGCUCACCGGGCAGAAGCUUCUGGUCGGCGCCAACUUCGCUUCUGCAGGAAUUGGAAUACUUAACGACACUGGAGUCCAGUUUGUGAACAUAAUCAGAAUAUCGCAGCAGCUGGCUUACUUCCAGCAGUACCAGGAGAGAGUGAGUCGUAUGAUAGGGAGGGAACAAACUACGAAAAUGGUGAACCAAGCCCUUGUUCUCAUCACCCUCGGAGGCAAUGACUUUGUCAACAACUACUUCUUGGUCCCCUACUCUGCAAGAUCUCGCCAGUACGCUCUCCCCGAUUACGUCAAAUAUCUAAUCACCGAGUAUCGCAAAAUUUUACAGAGGCUAUAUGAUUUGGGCGCCCGAAGAGUGCUGGUGACCGGGACGGGGCCACUGGGAUGCGUGCCGGCGGAGCUGGGCAUGCGGAGCCGCGACGGCAACUGCGUGCCGGAGCUCCAACAAGCCGCCGGCCUCUUCAACCCGCAGCUCAUCCAGAUGAUCAACUCCCUCAACCAGAAGCUGGGCAGCCACAUCUUCAUCGCCGCCAACGCCCAGGAGAUGCACAACGACUUCAUCAGAGAUCCCGCGGCGUACGGGUUCGUGACCUCAAAGAUCGCUUGCUGCGGGCAGGGGCCCAACAACGGCAUCGGGCUGUGCACGGUCGUGUCGAACCUGUGCCCGAACAGGGAUUUGUACGCGUUCUGGGACCCCUUCCACCCGUCGGAGAAGGCCAACAAGAUCAUCGUGCAGCAGAUCAUGACGGGGUCCACCAAGUACAUGAGCCCCAUGAAUCUCAGCACCAUCAUGGCCUUGGAUUCGUCCAUGGCCUGAUCAUGCAUGAUAUAUGUUGAUUGAUGAUGAUGCUCCGGGUUCGUUCGUUCGUUCGUUCGUUGCGUCAAUAAUUAAUCGUCGUCCGGUCGGUCGGUGUGUUGGUCGUCGUCGGAAAAGUGAUUGCCAGUUUUUUUCCGGUUAAUGAUAAUAAAAUUGAUAAUUAUGUAAGAUGAAAGCGCACUAGUACGUAUGUAUGUAUGUACGUAUCCAAAGCGGUGGCAGCUAGGUAAGGAAUGAUCGGCUGCUGCCCACAAGUGUUGUUCUCAUACUUUAGUCUCUUACUGUCAAAUAAAUUAUUAAACAAUUAAUUCAUAGUUUGUU